AUGUUUUGUCAGGCAGCUCGUGAACAAGUUUAUGGUUCUCGUUAUCAAUGGAUUAUUCUUGGUUAUCCAUCAUUAUCAACUUGGUGGAAUGAACCAACUGAUUGUUCAAUGCAAGAAAUAAUUCGUGUAAUUAAUGGUACAUUACAAACACGUGUACCACGUUUAUCUAUUGAUGAUAAUGAAAAUCAAUCAGAAUAUAUUACGGAAUAUAUAAAACAAUUUUCUAAAUUAGAAAAAGAUUAUUUUGAUGGUUAUGUAUAUGAUACAAUAUGGAGUUUAGCAUAUCUUUAUCAAUCACAUUUAUUAAGUAAUCAAUCGAUUACUGGAAUAUUUAAAAAUAUUCUUGAAAAUAUUGAUUUUAUUGAUGCUACUCUAACUUGUCGAAUGAUGAAAGAUAAAACAUGUAGAAUUCCAUGUUAUGAAGAAGAAGAUGAUUGUCAUUUAACUGUUGUGAAAAUUUUUCUUGCCAAAUAUUUAGAAUGA